AUGAUUUCUUCAUCUCCUGGAUUCAAACUAACAGCAAUGAUUCCUUUGAGUAUUCAUCACAAAAUAGAAAUUAUUGAAGAUGAACCCUACGAUUUAGAAUUGGAUCACUCUAAAAUAUCCUUUAAUGAAAACAUCGUCGUGUGUACAUACAAACCGAGUUAGAGUGCUACAAUGAUUAAAAAGACAAUUUUAAAGUUGAAAGGAUAACCUAAUACAGACUGGAUAAAUCCAAGUCUAAGAACUGAAGAAAUGAAGAGAUAAACUUCUAUAUUGAGAUACUCCUAAUCUUCGACCAGAAUCUCUUCAUUUUUCUUUUGA